AUGCGACCCGAUGCUAGAGGCAAAAUGGGCUUCACCACCUUACAGAAAUGUACUGUGGCGAUUCGUCAACUUGCUUAUGGGACGACAGCCGAUUCUUGGGACGAAUACUUAAAGAUGUCCGAAAGAACUGCUAGAGAAUGUUUAUACAAGUUUUGCAAAUUUGUGGUAAAGCUUUACAGCCAAAAAUAUUUGCGAAAACCAAAUCACAAUAACGUUCAAAACUUGUACCAACACCACCAAGCAAGGCACGGUUUUCCAGGCAUGCACGAGAGCAUUGAUUGCAUGCAUUGGCCAUGGCGGAAUUGUCCUACCGCUUGGCGAGGAAUGUAUACACGAGGCGAUCAGGGACAUCCAACAACAAUUCUAGAAGUUGUUGCGUCUCAAGACCUAUGGAUUUGGCAUGCUUUCUUUGGUAUUCCUGGUUCGAAUAACGACAUCAACGUUCUACAAAAUUCGGAGGUUUUUGACGAUGUUAUAAAAGGGAUCGGUCCUGAUACGAGUUUUACAGUUUCGGGCGUGGAGUACAGACGCGGGUAUUAUCUUGCCGAUGGAAUAUACCCACAAUACUCUACAAUAGUUAAAACGGUUAGGCAUCCUGCGGGUGAAAAAAGAAAGAAAUUUGCCAAUUUUCAAGAAGCGGCUAGAAAAGAUAUUGAACGUUGUUACAAAGGACAUGCAAUUUGUGAGUAUGACGAGAACGCGGUGGAGGAGAAUAAUGUUCCGGUUAGCGGAGAACAACAAGAUUUGAACAGGUGA